GCACGGCUGCCAUUUCCGCUUAUUUGGGCUUGUGCGUUCAUGCAAUCGCUUACAAGUGUGCUUUGCUGGUUUUUAGUAUAUUUGGGCUUGUUUUGAGUCGGGGUCGCUUAUUAUGGUGAAAAUUGGUGACAAGGCUAAAGUGUGUAGCCAGUUAUUAAAAUAGUAUCCUUGCAUGCAGAAGAUAAGAACACAUUGUUAAAGUUCUGUGCAAGUAGAAUGCGUGAUUCUGAUUGGAAGUUGCCAUUAUGCUUUGGGACAUGGCUGAUUGAAUUUUAAUGUAGCAGCCUUUGAGCGCUUUUAAUUUGGCAUUAGGACCGAGAUCUCGGGGAAGGACAAGGGGUCAGAUAAUCGCAUUGCCCCUUACCGCGUAAACCGCUCCGGUUAUCUCGUUUUCUAGCGCUGACUGACGCUGCGUUUGUAGCCAUGGCGAGUAAGUGGAGUAAAUACGGGAAGCGAUACAGUAAAGGCUGGGAAGCAGAGGCGUGUUUGAAAGACUGGAUCGCGCCUGUAGCGGGCCACGACGACAAGGCGCUUUGUAAGUUCUGCAGAUGUCAAAUACGAGCCCAUCACGCCGACUUAGUGCAGCACACGAAAACAGAGAAGCACAAGAAAAACUACAUUAAACACCCGCCAUCGCCACCUUCAUCACCAUCACCGAGACUGGCGGGCAUCCCGGCACACAAGUUGAAGGCAUCAGUAGAGAGGAAUAACAGCCAGCCCUCAACCCACAGCAAGGAGAACAACGCCAUGCAGUCUGCUGACUCUGUUCUACACAGCGGGUAUUUCCACCCCACCCUGCGCGCCUGGCAGACCUGCAGCACCAGCUUCAGCGCCAGCAGCUUCAUCUACCCCAUCUUCAUCACGGACAGUCCGGACGCGGUGGAGCCGAUUGCCAGCCUUCCUGGACAGGCCAGGUAUGGAGUCAACAAGCUGGAAGGGAUGCUGCGCCCUCUAGUGGACGAUGGGCUGAAGUGCGUCCUGAUCUUUGGAGUCCCAGCCAAUCUUCCCAAGGAUGAGCAAGGCUCUGCGGCCGACUCGGACGACACCCCCGCUGUGCAGGCCCUCCGGAAGCUGCGCUCUGCGUUCCCUGAGCUGCUGCUGGCCUGCGACGUGUGCCUGUGUCCCUACACCUCGCACGGGCACUGCGGGAUCCUGCGGGAGGACGGCUCUCUGGACAGCGCAGCGAGUUGCCAGCGGCUGGCGGAGGUGGCCCUGGCGUACGCACGGGCAGGCUGUCACAUCGUGGCUCCUUCAGACAUGAUGGAUGGGAGAAUCGGAGCGAUAAAGCAGGCACUGCUCUCCAACGAGCUGGGAAACAAGGUCUCUGUGUUGAGCUACAGUGCCAAGUUUGCCUCCUGCUACUACGGGCCCUUCAGAGACGCUGCCCAGUCAAAGCCAGCAUUCGGGGACCGGCGCUGCUACCAGCUUCCCCCCGGAGCACGGGGGCUGGCACUCCGAGCUGUGGACCGCGAUGUGCGAGAGGGGGCUGACAUGCUGAUGGUCAAGCCAGGACUGCCCUACCUGGACAUCGUGCGGGAGGUCAAGGACAAGCACCCCACGCACCCCCUGGCUGUGUACCACGUGUCGGGGGAGUUUGCGAUGCUGUGGCACGGAGCGCAGGCCGGAGCGUUCGAGCUGCGCAGCGCGGUGAUGGAAGCCAUGACUGCCUUCCGCCGGGCAGGUGCUGACAUCAUCAUUACCUACUACGUGCCUCAGCUGCUGACGUGGCUGAAGGAGAUGUGAGAGACGGACGGACGGACAGACAGACAGACGGGACCAGCGCUCCACACACACACCCACACGCACACACACACACACACACACACACCGCUGCAAUGGAGCCUCUACGCAGCCCCCAUGUUAUCUGAACCAGUGUGCCACACAGUCAUGUUAUCUGAACCGGUGUGCCACACACAGUCAUGUUAUCUGAACCGGUGUGCCACACACAGUCAUGUUAUCUGAACCGGUGUGCCACACACAGUCAUGUUAUCUGAACCGGUGUGCCACACACAGUCAUGUUAUCUGAACCAGUGUGCCACACACAGUCAUGUUAUCUGAACCAGUGUGCCACACACAGUCAUGUUAUCUGAACCGGUGUGCCACACACAGUCAUGUUAUCUGAACCGGUGUGCCACACACAGUCAUGUUAUCUGAACCGGUGUGCCACACACAGUCAUGUUAUCUGAACCAGUGUGCCACACACAGUCAUGUUAUCUGAACCGGUGUGCCACACACAGUCAUGUUAUCUGAACCAGUGUGCCACACACAGUCAUGGUGUUCUCUGUCCGUUUCUAUUUGCUUGUACAAUCACUACGUCUGGUGCUGUGACCUUUACCUUUGAAAAGCUUUGCUGCAUCCUCAGGGUAAAGUGCUGUGAGGCUCUCCAAGAAUGUUUGUCAGUGAAUGUAAAAGUGCCUUGCUUGUCUCCAAAUGAAAUAAAAAUAUUCAUAACAAUGAA